UGCGAUAGUGAUAACAAUAUAUAAAGCCAAAAAAAAACAUCAAUUGUCAAAUCGAAAGCAACGUGCCAACAUGAAAAUCUUCUUUGUAGUAGCUGCUUUCGUAGCUCUGUGCUCCGGCCAUGCCAUCCCCGACACUCCAGUAGACCGCGAUGCUAUCCCCACCAUCCCGGGAGACAACAGCCACUAUGUAGAGGGCGAGAGCCGCUACAUCUGGAUGGGAGAUGAAGAAGGCAAUCCGGUCUUAGUGGAUCUAGACGAGCCCGUCGAUGAAAGUUUGGUGAAUGCCAGGAAUGGAGCUAACAACCAAUAUUGGCUCUUUACAAGACGUAACCCAAAUAACCACCAACUCCUCAUUAAUGGAAACCUUCAAUCGGUCCGAAACUCCAAUUACAACUCAGGCCGAAGCAUAAAGGUCAUCGUCCAUGGUUUGAACAACAACGGAGGAUCUCAUGUGAACAAUGUCAUCAGACAAGCUUUCCUUGCCGUUGAAGACGCUAACGUCAUCGUAGUAGACUGGCGCGCUCUUGCAAACUCUGGCUACUCCAAUGCUUUCAACGGAGUUCCUAAUGUUGGUCAACAUCUUGGUAACUUCCUCAUGUGGCUCAUCGGUAACGCUGGAGGCAACUGGAACAACGUGCACCUCGUCGGUCACAGUUUGGGUGCUCACGUUAUUGGUAAUGCUGGACGUCAAGCUGGUGGACGCCCUCGUCGUGUAACCGGUUUGGACCCCGCUGGUCCCCGUUGGGCCGGUAACGGCAAUGCAUUGAACAGGAAUGCUGGUCGGUAUGUGGAAUGCAUUCAUACUGACGGUCACGUAACUGGUAUCAUGAACGCUAUCGGUGAUGCUGACUUCUACCCCAAUGGUGGUAAAAACCCUCAGCCCGGUUGCUCCAACAAUGUCUGUUCUCAUGGCCGCGCUAACGACCUGUUCGCUUCCACUGUCCGCUACAACCGUCUGGUCGGAAGAAGAUGUCCAAACAUUUGGGAAGCAGAGCUCUCAACUUGUAACGGAGCUGCCUUGAACAUGGGGAAUGCCCAGUUGAGCAAAUCGGGCUCCGGUAUCUAUGGACUCAGAACUGGAAGAACCUGGCCAUUCUAAACUGGAACGAUGAUCACGAUCAAGACAUAUUCAGAAACUAUUUUAAAUUAAAAAAAA